AUGGAAGAACGAGAUUUAGGAGGCGCCGGAACACGGCCUACGCCCCCAGGAACAUUAAACAGAACCAUCCCUUCUCCUUACACUACCACAACCAUCCCUUCCACUAACACUACCACAACCAUCCCUUCCACUAACACUACCACAACCAUCUCUUCCACUAACACUACUACACCCAAUCCUUCCACUAACACUCCCACAACCACCCCUUCCACUAACACUACCACAACCAUCUCUUCCACUAACACUACAACAACCAUCCCUUCCACUAACACUACCACAACCACCCCUUCCACUAACACUACCACAACCAUCUCUUCCACAAACACUACCACAACCAUCCCUUCCACUAACACUACCACAACCAUCUCUUCCACAAACACUACCACAACCAUCCCUUCCACUAACACUACCACAACCACCUCUUCCACUAACACUACAACAACCAUCCCUUCCACUAACACUACCACACCCAUCCCUUCCACUAACACUACAACAACCAUCCCUUCCACUUACACUACCACAACCACCCCUUCCACUAACACUACCACAACCAUCUCUUCCACUAACACUACUACAUCCAUCCCUUCCACUAACACUACCACAACCAUCCCUUCCACUAACACUACCACAACCAUCCCUUCCACUAACACUACAACAACCAUCCCUUCCCCUAACACUACUACACCCACCCCUUCCACUAACACUACCACAACCACCCCUUCCACUUACACUACCACAACCAUCCCUUCCCCUAACACUACUACACCCACUCCUUCCACUAACACUACCACAACCACCCCUUCCACUAACACUACCACAACCAUCCCUUCCACUAACACUACCACAACCAUCCCUUCCACUAACACUACCACAACCAUCUCUUCCACUAACACUACAACAACCAUCCCUGACCUCGGUGAGCAGCUGCCUCAGCUGACCUUUGUGAAAGGAAUUCCCUACGAUAUCUUGGACGAGGAUUACUUUGAUGCUCGUCAACAGAACGUGUUGGUCCUGGAUGAUUUCCUGGUCGAAGCAAAGCACGACAAGCGUAUUUCGCGGCUGUUUACUCAAACCUCACAUCACAAGAAUAUAAACAGCAAAUCAAACCGAACUGAACAUAUGGAUCACUUUAUGGCUAUGUAUGAAAAGGUUGCUGAAACACCCUAUGGACAACUCACCAUCGAUCUUAAACCUACCACCAAAGAUAAGGAUCGACUGCAUGUUAACCUCAUAAAUGAGGAAAACAGGAGAACAACAGCACAGUCUGAACCUGAUCUGCAUAGGGAGAAGUUGACUACAACAGAAUCUCUGGAUAGUCCUCUGACACAAGAAGAGAGAUUGCCCCAACAUCAGCUCACUCCAAUUGAAACCGAUUCAGACACGAGUAAUGAGACAUCAUUGACUAUGGCCACGGCUUGCGCAGAUUGCGGGGUGCUGAUAGAUAACAUGCACGAUCUACAGCGACAUAUCAAACACUGGUGUCCGGCCAAUAGCCUUCAACCUAAGAGAAAGCGUGCCAGACUCGAGAGUGAUGACGAUGACAGUGACUUUGACGACCUAGCCUCUUGCCGUAGGAAGUCAACAUUCACAAAUAUGGAAGCCGAGGAGUGGCAAAAUGUAGGCUUACAACGCAUCUGGAAGCAGCUGUACGAUACGUUUCAUGACAAGAUGAAACUGCAGAAAAAACAGUACAAGCGACAGGGACGAAUGCAAGAAUGGAUUGAGAGAAGAUUGAAACUGAGAUGGGAGGAUCUAGUGCGUAGUACUCUCAACAAUGCGAUGGAAUAUACCACGUACUUUAAAGAGGCACCUCUGUUUCAAAACAUGCUAUACAACCUGGGAGACAUGAAUCCUUCCACGGAACAAUCCGUUCUCAAAAAUAAAAUAAAACUCCUCCUAAAACCCAAGAUGAAAGAGAUCCUGCCUUUGAUGGAUAUGCCGGAAAUAGAAAGUGAGACUGAAUCUGAUAGCGUUGCAGAGGAUAACGACGGUGAUGACGAGGAGGAGUAUGAUGAUCGUGAGCAGAACGAUUAG